GUCCGAGAGCUGCGCUUCCGGUACAACUGCAUUUCAUAAACUCAGGACGCAGAGAGAAGGAAGGAUGCUGUCCUUGUCUCGAGCGGUGGUAAGCGGGGUGGCUCGUGCCCCGGCUGCUGUCAGUCCAGGCGGUGUGACCGCUCUCACUCGAUUCAACAGCACAGCACAGAGUCCUCCUAAGAAGACAACAUAUGGACCGCUGGCAGAUGAGGAUAGGAUUUUCACAAACCUUUAUGGUCGUCACGACUGGAGGCUGAAGGGGGCGCUGAAGCGUGGCGACUGGUACAAAACAAAGGAGAUCCUUUUGAAGGGAGUCGACUGGAUUCUCAACGAGAUCAAGGUCUCUGGUCUGCGUGGGAGAGGUGGAGCCGGUUUCCCUACUGGAAUGAAAUGGAGCUUUAUGAACAAACCCAGCGAUGGCCGGCCCAAGUAUCUGGUGGUGAACGCAGACGAGGGAGAACCAGGCACCUGCAAAGACAGAGAGAUCAUGAGGAACGACCCACACAAGCUGGUAGAAGGCUGCCUGGUGGCUGGGAAGGCCAUGGGGGCUCGUGCUGCAUACAUCUACAUCAGAGGAGAGUUCUACAACGAGUCCUCCAACCUGCAGGUGGCUAUCAAUGAGGCCUACGCUGCUGGGCUGAUUGGAAAGAACGCCUGUGGCUCAGAUUAUGACUUCGAUGUGUUUGUGAUGCGCGGCGCUGGAGCGUACAUCUGUGGAGAGGAGACCGCUCUUAUUGAGUCCCUGGAGGGAAAGCAAGGAAAGCCCCGUCUGAAGCCACCGUUUCCUGCUGAUGUGGGCGUGUUCGGUUGCCCGACGACUGUUGCCAAUGUGGAGACGGUAUCCGUGGCGCCCACCAUCUGUCGCCGUGGGGGCUCGUGGUUCCUGGGCUUUGGCAGGGAGAGGAACUCCGGCACAAAGCUCUUCAACAUCUCUGGCCACGUCAACCACCCCUGCACUGUAGAGGAGGAGAUGUCCGUCCCUCUGAAGGACCUCAUUGAGAGACACGCAGGUGGAGUGCGUGGCGGCUGGGAUAACCUGCUGGCUGUAAUCCCCGGAGGCUCCUCAACACCCCUCAUCCCCAAGAAAGUGUGUGAAGAGGUGCUGAUGGACUUUGAUGGCCUCAUUCAAGCUCAGACUGGCCUGGGCACAGCUGCUCUAAUUGUCAUGGACAAAUCUACUGAUAUUAUCAGAGCCAUCGCUCGCCUCAUCGAGUUCUACAAGCACGAGAGUUGUGGCCAGUGUACGCCAUGCAGAGAGGGAGUGGACUGGAUGAAUAACAUGAUGUGGCGUUUUGUGCGCGGUGACGCCCGACCAGCUGAAAUCGACAUGAUUUGGGAGCUCAGCAAGCAGAUCGAGGGACACACUAUCUGUGCUCUGGGAGACGGAGCAGCGUGGCCCGUGCAGGGAUUGAUCAGGCACUUCAGGCCGGUGAUGGAAAGCCGAAUCGCUGAUUAUCAGCAGCAGCAGCAGGCCAGGGCUUAAACGUCUCCUUCAGCUCCUUGAACUCGAUUUUCUGCCUCAUAUGCUCUUAACCCUGUACUUGUGUCCUUCACAUUUAUUUAAAGAAAAAAAAUAUAAUGUGCCGUCUCAUCACCUCAUCAUCAACUUUUACAUUGAUGUGUCUGCCUUGUUGGGGGGAAACUUACCAAUAAAACUCUAUUACCCUUAAA